GGGUCAACAGUGAGAGUUCGUAUGUGACCACCAGGUGUGACUGACGUAGUGUGAUGCAAGAAAACUGUGUGGUAAUCCUCAGGUAAGAUAACACCAUGGCUGAUCAUGUUGUAGACCAACCUCAGACAAAAGAAAACUUAAGUAGUGAAAAGAAAAAAAAGAAAUCUUCAAAAAAAGAGCGGAAGCCAAAAGAUAAGCAAAGUGUACCUCCUGCUAAAGUAAUGCCACCAGCAGAAGGAGAAAGUGAUGUUCCACAAAAAAGCAAAGCUGAGUUGAAAGCUGAACGAAGAGCUAAACAGGAAGCUCAGAGGGCAGCUAAAGCAGGAAAAAAAGUAGGGGAAGUCCCCACCAAACCACCUCCUGAGGGAGUUUCACUGAAAGCACCCCCUAGAGUUUCAGCUGAUCAUCAGAUGGAUGACCCUAAAAUGUUGAAGAAACGCAACAAAAGAUUUGAAAAGCAGAAGAUUCCACAAAGAAAAGAACAACAGAAGAAAGUGAGCCUGUUUUCCCAUUUGGACCAGUAUGAGCGUCAGAUGCCUCUAACCAAAGCCCUUGGGUUCGGAUCCUGUGAAAUUCACCCUGCAAUCAUCAAACUUGGCCUACAGUAUGCCAAGGGGAUCAUUUGUGGUUCAAAUGCUAGAUGUAUAGCAUUGAUGAACACAUUUAAGAAGGUCAUCCAUGAUUACAGUACACCUGAAGACAAAGAGUUAUCUAGAGAUCUAGAAAGCAGGAUAAAACCAUACAUAAGCUUCCUGAAUCAAUGUAGGCCAAAGUCAGUGAGCAUGGGCAAUGCGAUCAAGAAUCUGAAGAUGCAGAUAACGCAUAUCCCAUCAGAUAUGCCCGAUGCAAAUGCAAAAGAGGAGCUGUAUACUUUUAUAGAUAAAUAUCUCAAUGAGAAGAUAUUCCUAGCAGCAGAAGUUAUCAGGAACUAUGCUAUCACAAAGAUCCGAGAUGGAGAUGUCAUUAUGGUUUAUGGCUGUUCCUCUUUGCUUUGUAAGGUCCUCUGCGAUGCAUAUAAUUCUGGCAAGAAUUUCCGUGUUGUCGUUGUAGACAGUAGACCUAAGAUGGAGGGUCGUGAAGGAGUACGGCGGCUUGUAAAACAUGGUAUACGUUGCAGCUACAUUCUCAUCAAUGCGUUAUCAUAUAUGAUGCCUGAGGUGUCUAAGGUUUUCUUAGGAGCCCAUGCUCUUCUUGCUAAUGGCUAUGUCAUGUCACGUGUUGGGUCAUCGCACAUAGCGAUGGUUGCUAAGAGCUACAAUGUUCCUGUUUUGGUUUGCUGCGAGACAUACAAAUUCUGUGAGCGUGCUCAGACUGAUAGCUUUGUCGCUAAUGAACUUGGCGAUCCAGAUGACCUAACACAUGCAGAGAAACCCAAGAUGUACUUGAAUGAUUGGCGCAAUAUAGAUUCCCUUACACUGCUGAAUCUAAUAUAUGAUGUUACCCCACCUGAUUUUGUUGAUAUUGUCAUCACCGAGAUUGGCAUGGUGCCCUGUACGUCAGUACCCGUUGUGUUGCGUAUGAAAAGUGCUGUGUAAGGUUGAGCAACAACAGAGAUAGAUACUGUAAUUAAUUGCCUACAAAUUCGAAGUUGUGCAGUGAGCUAGUAGGUGGAAUGGGUUUUGGUGCUUUUUGCCAUUCUGAAACAAUCAACUUGGUAUUCAAGGAAGAUUUGUAUACUGGCUGCAAGGCAAGACUAUUUUAUACCUUCUUUCGUGAACCUACCACCAGCCUGACAUAAUGAUUACUAUUACAAAUGGGGCUUGACAUGCCAAAACCAACAUCAGUGACCAAAACAAGAAAAUUGACUUUUGAAUAUUCAUAUCCUGCACAUUAUAAGCUUUAAAAUGAUGGGUCAUUUACUGGAAUUGACUUAGUCAUGAGUAAAAGCAUUAUGGCUUCUCUGUAUUAAGGUACAGUAUACAAUCCUGCUGCCAAUUACUCAUUUGGCAGCAAUAUGCUUGGUUUGCUAUGGCAAGCCUAAAAUAUUAUAUUAUUUUUAACCUGUCACCAUGAAAUCUAUUAAAUGAUAUAUAUUUUUUUCUUUUUCACUAUUAAAUACUAUCAAACAUUUAUCAAACUGAUUACUAAACUGCAUUGCAACACUUCCAGGCUUUCUUUUUUACUUCUUACUUUCUUUCUCAGUCUAGAUGCUAUUGUCAGAAUCAUUUUGCUAUUGAAAUAAAUUUUGUUUUUUCUGUCAUCAAUCUUUUAAAAUUUUAAAAAUAAAGUUUGCUAUUCAAGGUAUCUUAACAGAAAAUACAGUGCAGUUCAAGUUUGAAGGUUACAUACAGCUACAGCUCACAAAAUGGUGAAUGGAUGGAACAUAAAAUUGUAAUAAAUUAUGUGUACAGUAUACAGUGGUAUAGCAA